AUGCAGCCACACUCCGAGCCAAUAUUGGCGCUGGACCCGGCCAUGCUGGCUGAUCCUGCUGCUGACUCGGACGAUUCCGAUUAUGAGUACGAAUAUCAUGAUACUGAGACGGAGUCUGUCUAUCUCAACCUGGACCUCACCUCUCUCAACGGCCCAAUUCGCCCUCCUCGACGACGCCCGGAAUCCUCUGCCCCCAUCUCUUCUGCCUCUUCCUUUGAUACUGCCACCACUACUGCCACCUCCAUCCUGCCAUCUCCGACCGAACAUGAUGACUCCGACCGCGCCAUCCCCGCAGCUGAGCGAGUGCAGAUUCUAGGCCUUCACACCCCCAACCCAAUCGUUUCCUAUCAAAACCAGAUUUUUAGCUGCUCUUGGGCCGACCAGAUCGGGACAGAACUCUUCUUUACCCACCCCGAGAAUAGUCACCAUGCACCCCUCACCGAUGACACAAAUCCCGAUGGCCCAACUUCAGCCUCCUCCUUUGCCAUCCCCGCCCUAAAACGCGGCAAAGACUUUGACCUGGUCGCCGCUAAUCGUGUCAAAAUUCUCGGUCGCAAGGCCAACCUCAUUUCCAGUUCGGGCCCCGUCCCCGAUCAGGACGGUAUUAAUCCUCAAGCUACAGAUUCUUCCACGACUAAUCCCCGUCGGGCGGGACCCCCGACCAACCAGUCUCGGUUUUUGGAACGGCUUAUGAAUGCCAAACGGGCCAAAGGGGAGACAGAUCCCGUCCGGACUGUGUACAGUUCGAAACGGAGCCAGAAUCUAGAGCUCGAGGAGCGGCUACGCGGAUGGGCUCGUACGGAAGAGCAAGUCGCAGAGAUCCAGCGCCUUGAUGAAGCGGUAAUGCACGGCGAUACUGAUGCGAUGGCGGCGUUGGAGAAUAUCUACGCAGAGUUGGGUGGGGAUGUCGCAGAAGAUCAUCAACGUUGA